UGCAUCAUUGCCCGAUGUAGAUUUGAGUAAAUUGUAAACAACUCCGAUAAAAACGAACAAAAUUACCACUCAGUUAUUACUUUGUUACUUUUACGGCUUGGAAAAACCCCAGAGACACUUUACUCGACGGUCACACAUUAAAGAGAGCCAUGGCUCAGCACUUCUUUGGAAAUUCAGGCUCUAUGACAUUGCAGUCAACACCCAAAACUGGCCAUUACCAUUCAUCAGCAAAAGUGCCAGAUGAUGGUUUUAACUCAACAGGUGAAACUCUGUCAUUUGUUAGUUUGGAUGACAGCAAUGAACCACAAAGUGAGGACUCGGGUGUGAGUGUUUCAAAAACCUCGACUAGUUCGCCGGGCAGCAGUACUAUGGAAGAAGCUGCCGUGUUGGCUCCCACGAGUUCACGAAUAGAUGUGAUUGGGAAAAAAGCACAGGACCUAAUUGAGAAAAUCAAUGAGAGACGGGCCAUGGACCAACAUGUGAUGAACAGCUUUGAGGAACAGCUCAUUAAAAAGGUGAGUGAGAUGUGUCAGCAGGUGAAGGAGCAGAUGUUUGAGUAUUAUGAGCAGCACAGUCAGGGCAUGGAGGCCAGCAUCAAUGAGCUGUCGGAGGUGCUGGAGAGAAGCAGUCAGCUGAGUAUGGAGCUACAGGGAGCCAGUCAAACCCUGGCCGCCAUCAAUAAAGGCCUGCAGCACAGCUCAGAGCAGUAGAUACACAACCAAACCAAACAAACUGUAACUUAAUUUGAGGUGGAAUACACGUAUGAUUUGCAUGUUGCUCAUGGUAUAUACAGAUGUCCUAACAGAGACAGAGUCUUGUUUAAUUUAACUUAAAACUUAGAGACAAACUGUUCAAACAUUUCAAAAUAUAAACAUUUAUUACAAUAGUAUGUUAAAGAAAGUUCAAAUACACAUUGAUAUACUAAUCUGAUUUGUGUUUACAUGUUUUUAAAGUAAAGUAAAAAGUAAAAUCAAUUUUUGAUGGAUUACAUGGCUUACCUAAAGGACUUUUACUAUCAUUUCUUCCAACUCCCUGCAAAUGUGGUUUGGGUAACCACAUUAUUUGUGUUUCAAUAGCUAAGGUUUGAGCUUCUGUAGGAUUAAGGCUUUUUCCCACAGCAUUAGUUAUUGAAAACUCAUUUAAUCUGUUGCCAAUUCU